UUUUUUUUUUUUUUAUGUAUUUAUCUUGAUCAUUGGAAAAGCGGUAAUGGAUUCAUGAUGAUAUUACACUAGCUUAAUAUAAACUUUUUUUUUCUUCUUUUACUGAUGGUUAUAAUGCUCCUGAAUUCUUGUUAUCGGACAGUCAUCGUUCUCUCUCUCUCUCUCUCCUUUGAUUUCCUUUUUCACCCCGUUUCCUUCUUUAUUAUUUUUGUUAUCCAAUACUCUUCGUCCCUCCUUGUCUCUUCUAUUUUUUUUUCUUUUAUUUGUAUUGUCAACCUCGCUUUCUUCUCAAUUUCUGAUUCUACCCAAACAAAAUCAUCAUCACUUUUUUAUAACUAAAAGUUUAAACUGACUAUGAAAAAGAGAAAAAAAAAAAAAAAA